GGCAAAACCUCUGAGCAUGUGGCUCAGGCAGGCGGGGCCAAGAUAAGUUGGGGAUUUAUCAGGGAUGCAACAGGUUCCAGCAGGUACCCAGUCCAGGUGGAAGCUUGCAAGAGCCAGGCCAACAGGACGUGGCAUGGCGCUCUUCUCCCAGUGCCUGGAGCCGCUGGGCUUCCUGCAGUCUCUGCGCUCGCUGGCUCUGGGGGUCGUGUCCCACCUGCAGGGCUCGGCCACCGCCGAGGAGCUGGCUUUUGUGCGCAAGGAAGUGGAGCUGCUGGAGCGUGAGCUGGCAGCGGGCCCGGGGCUGCUGGAGGACGGCGGGCUGGAUGCCUGCGAGGACUGCGUGGCCGCUGCCUUCGGACAACUGUGCAUGGCGGUGCGGGCGGCUCCCCCUGCCGCACCGCUGGAGACCGAGCUUUUCGCGCAGGGCUGCGUGCGGGACAAGCUGGAGCGCCGCCUGCUGGUCCUGUGGCGUCGCCUGCAGGGCAACGCAGUGCUUAGCCUGCAGCGCCCCCUGCUGGAGCAGGCCGUGCAGCGCCACCGCCCACGCCGCCCGCAGAUGGCGCUCUUCUGCCAGAAGCUGAAUGCCGUGCUGGGUGCUGGGCUGUUGUGCCUGCUCUGCCAGGCGGGGCUGGCCAAGCGCGACUCGGCGCUGCUGAUGGGCGUGUGGGACCCACGCGUGGCUGCGCUGCACAAGCGCAUGAAGGAGGCGCUGGGCCAGUGCAAGGGCUACUUCCACCAGCAAGCCCAGGAGGAUGUGGAGCGCGCCCUGGAGCAGGCGGUGCCCCCCGACCCGGCCGAGCUAGCCACCUCGCUCCUGCGCCAGCUGGAGCAGAACUACGACUGGCUCUGCUGGGCCGUCAUGGCCUGGUGGGAAGAGGGCGAGGUGGAGGGUGAGGCGGGCAGCGGGGAGGUGCUGGCCCAGGGCAGUUUCGUGUCGGCUCGCACUGCCGCGGGGCUCCACCUGGUGGCCUGCUACCAGGAGAGCCCUUUGGCCCUGGACAGGGCUCGCACCAACCAGCUGAUCGGCGAGCUGGAGUGGAAGCUGCCCAACCCGCCGCCCGAGGUCUACGCCAGCCUGGAGGCCGAGCCGGCCCGCGCCCGCGGCUACCUGGCCCGCCGCAUGCUGCAGAAGCUGGCUGAAGGACUGGGGCCCGGAGUCACCCUGCUGGUGGUGCCGGGGAAGCUGGAAAUGAAGAGCAGCUUCCCGCUGGCCACCAGCCUCCUGCACGAAUACCACCACCGUCUGGCCUCGGGCACUGUCUGCAUUUUCGGCUAAGUCCACGAAGCCAACAGGCUCCUGCUGGCUAUGGCCAAGUUAAGCGGCCCGCAAUAAACGCCUCUU